AUGGCGAAGGCCGCGAAAGCUGAAAAGCAGAGCAAGAAGAGACCGAGAGAGGAAGAUGGAGAAGAGAAGGAAAACACGCGUCGCAUCAAGCGCAAGAUUUUUGAGAAACCACCCGUUGAUCCAGUAGAAAAUGCCACGAGGAGAUUGCGAGGUGCGCAGGCAUCUGUCCUCAAAACGGCCAAGGCUGCAAAACUCUUCGAGACGCAGCGUCUGGUGAAGAAGCUUAAACAUGCUCGGGUUGGAAAAACUCCAGAUGAAGAUCUGGCACGGUCUCUGGAAAAGGAUUUAGAAGUGGUCAAGGCUGCGGACCCACACGACAUCUGCAACGAGGCCCUUGCUAGCCGUAUCCAGAAAGACGGCCAGCUGUCACACGAUGAAUUCUGCAUGGCCGCGCUUGAUAUCGUUAUCCCUCCUGCCGAGCAAUCGAAGACCGUCCCAAAGUCCGACAAAAAGGGUUGGAGUCGUUUGAUGAGCAACAAGAAGCUCGCGCAUGGAUGUCACCAUGCCAUGCUAGCGAUAAAGAAGGACUUCCAGAAUGUAGCGAACAGGAUCGAGUUCAAGAAACGACAGGCAGAGGAGAAGGAGCAGAGGGUGAAGGAGGGAAAGCUCAGCAGGAAGGAAAGACUGGAGAUGGGAUUGCCUCCUAAGUCGAAGGCUGUUGUUGGAGAAGCCGCCGGGGACGACGAGGGGGGUGAAGAGGAGUCCGAUGACGAGUCGGUGGAUGCUAUGCUCCAUGUUGCCGAGGACGAUGAUGCUGAGGACGACGACGACGAUGACGACGGCGAUAAGGAUGACGAUGACAACGACGAAGAGGAUGACGAUGACGAUGAAAAGUCACAGGCAAAGAAACCCAAAGGCAAAGACAAACUUCCCGAUGGAGGGUUAGAUGCACCGGUGGACGACUAUGAGGAUGAUGACGACGAGGGGGACGGUCCCGAGUCAACCUUCUUACCGAGUUUGAACACCGGCUUCAUCGCUGGAUCUGACUCGGAUUUUGACGAGAAGGAAGAAGACGUAGAUGGCCCGCAACGGAACAACCGGCGAGGCCAGAGGGCGCGACAGGCCAUCUGGGAAAAGAAGUACGGCAAGAAUGCCAACCACGUCAAGAAGCAACGCGAGGAGCAGCGUGCUGCCGCGGCAGCUUCCGAAAGAGGCGGGUUUGGUGGUCGCGGUCGUGGGAGAGGUGCCCCACGCGGCCGGGGAGGCUACAAACCAGCGCCCGGCGGCUUCGAUCCUCGCAAUGCUCGUAAGGGCCUAAGGGGCCGCCCUGUUGAUAGUGGUUGGGCUGGCCGAGCUGCACAUGCUGGUGCGAAUGACAGGCAGUCACAUCCCGAGCCUCCCAAGCCAGCGAUGCCAGAGAAACCAAUGCACCCGUCCUGGCAAGCGAAGAAGAACGAGAAGAACGUUGGCCAGGCGGUCGCUGGUCAGGGCAAAAAGAUUGUCUUCGGAGACUGAGAUAUUCCAUACUU